AUGCCGGUCUCCGCGCUUGCCUCCGCCGCCCGCGCCUUCGUCAGCGCCCUCCUGGCGCUGGCGCGGGCCUACGGGCUGAAGGCGGGAGCUAACAGGGAUUCCGAGCCCGAGGACCUCCUGAAGGCGCACCGCAGGCUGCUCCUCAAUACCCACCCUGACAAGGGCGGUAAGAAGGGGAACUUGCAGAAGCUGCAGGCGGCGAAGGAGAAGUGGGAGAAGGCGCGGAAGGCGGGCGCGGCCGCGGGCCGCCCGCGGCCUGCGGGCGAGACGACCCUGGUGACCCCGGCGCAGGCGCGCCGCAAGCGCAAGGAGUUCCGCGUGCAAGCGCUCGUCGUGCUCCUCGCCUACCACAGCAUCACUGGCAUGGCCCAGUGGCGCGGGUUCGUGACCUCCGUCAAACUCGCCCUCAAGAAGUGGGGCGUGCGCAAGUGGGGCGCCGCGCUCGAGGCGCGCGAGACUGGCCGCCUGCGCGCCCGCCUCGCCCUUGAGUUCUCUGAGACGGUGGACAGGGCGGCCCGCAGCUUCGCCUUCGAGGGCCCGGCGCCCCACGUGAGCCCCAGGGACUACCUUGGCGAGGGCGUGGGCGAGAG